AGAAUUAAAAAAAAAAAUGAGAACGCUCAAAACAUCGGCAACGCUUUUUUUAUUCUUCGUCGUCGCCUUACAAAUCGAAUCUCAUGUCCACGCGACUGAAGAAUCUUUCACAUCGAUAGUUAUAUCUCAAAACGGCGUCGAUUUCGUUAAGGACUUACUAAUAACAAAAGAAAUUGCUUCAAUAGUCCCGCUGAAGUUGCCCAAGAUUGAGAAAACGGUUAAAAUUCCGUUUGUGGGAAACGUUCGGAUGGUUUUAUCUAAUAUCACGAUUUACCGGAUAGAUGUUUCGUCGUCUUAUGUUAAGCCGGGAGAGUCGGGUGUUGUGAUUGUUGCUUCUGGAACCACGUGUAAUUUGAGCAUGAAUUGGUAUUAUGAGUACAGUACUUGGUUAGUUCCAGUUGAAAUUUCUGAUAAAGGGAGAGCUUCUGUUCAGGUUGAAGGCAUGGAAGUGGGACUUACCUUAGGCUUGGAGAACCAGUAAGGAACUUUGAAGCUUUCCCUGAUGGACUGUGGCUGUCAUGUCAAAGAUAUCUCCAUAAAAGUGGAUGGAGGAGCUUCUUGGCUCUAUCAAGGGAUGAUUGAUGCAUUUGAAGAACAGAUAGGUUCUGCAGUGGAAAAUGCUAUCACCAAAAAACUUGAAGAAGGGAUUUUAAAACUUGAUUCAUUUCUGCAAUCUCUUCCAAAAGAAAUUCCAGUAGAUGAUCAUGCUUCCUUGAAUGUAACCUUUGUGGACAGCCCUUUUGUGAGUAGUUCUUCUAUUGGGUUUGACAUCAAUGGAUUAUUUACAGCAAGGGAGAAGGUUCCAUCCCCCAAGUACUUCCACCAGAAUUUGCAACCUUCAGUGUCAUGUACAGAUCAAUCUAAAAUGCUUGGAAUUUCACUGGACGAGGCCGUAUUUAACUCUGCAUCAGCCUUAUACUAUGAUGCAGAAUUUAUGCAGUGGACUGUGGAUAAAGUGCCAGAUCAAUCUCUUUUAAACACUGCUGGAUGGAAAUACAUUAUUCCCCAGCUGUACAGGAAAUACCCAAAUGAUGAUAUGAUGUUGAAUAUCACUUUUUCUUCUCCUCCAGUCAUAAGGGUUUCGGAGCAUAAUAUUGAUGCUUCAGUCAAUGUAGACUUGAUCAUCGAUGUGUUGGAAGAAGAUGAAGCGAUACCUGUUGCUUGCAUUGCACUGGUUGUUCGUGGCUCAGGUUCUGUUAAAAUCUCAGGUAAUAACCUUGCUGGUAGUGUGAAAUUGAAUGACUUUACAAUGUCACUGAAGUGGAGCAAAAUUGGUAAUCUGCGAUUGUAUCUCAUUCAGCCGGUGAUCUGGACUGUCAUCCAAACUGUUUUCUUGCCUUAUGUUAAUUCACAUCUUGGACAAGGCUUCCCCUUGCCCAUCAUUCAUGGUUUCACCCUUAAGAAUGCUGAAAUUAUAUGCUCAAGUUCAAAGAUUACCGUUUGCAGCGACGUGGCAUAUACGGAGUCUCUCAAUCUCAAUCAGCUUCUUGUUGGAUUUUCAUAGAUCCACAUACAUGUCAUAUCCAAGACAUCUGGAAAUGCAUACGGGAAAGGAAACAAAGUUUCAGUUUCCACCACCCUUUGUAUAGUGUUGUUACACAUUUAGGGUUUAGCUUUGACCGUUUCAGCUUUUGGAUGUGUAAAUUGUGAUAUAACUCUUUGUAUGUUGAAGGUUUUACCAUUUGCAAGGUAAGCAUGGUUCAAUCACAUCUUCUUCAACAAUAUGAAAGUAGCCUGCCUUCAAAUGUUUGCUAUUUAUUAUUUAUUUUUUUAUAAAUAAAAAAAAAAAUU